ACUUCAGUUUUUCAGGAAACAAAUGAAGUAUGUAUCCGAAUAUUUGGGAUCGAUGAAGAAUACCUUGCCAUCUGUAAUAGAUGCAGCAAUUGGAUACAAAAAAACAGCAUUGUCGCUAGGAUUUGGUCACCCUUCUUGCGACAUUGAUGUGUAUUUUGAAGACAAGGGAAGCAAUACACUGAUUACUUGUCCGCAAUAUCACAAGUCGUUUUUGGUGGAAGAAAGCUAUUUUUUCUCGGUAUUUUGUGACGAACUGGAAUCAAUGCUAUUGCGAGAAACACCAUUAGCAGAGUUCUCUCUUUCGGUGCUUGAGAAGCACAUUUACUUUCGAGAUUCUUCAUCUGAAAGUUUGAAAACCGGAAAUGCCUUACUUAUGAAUCUUAAUGAUGCAUACCAAUGGUUGGUUAAUUUUCUGAGAAAUCAAGGUAGGAAACUUCGAACUACCGGCAUUUUUCUUGUGGUCGAAGACGCAUCCCAAGUGUUAUUGGUACUGCCAUUAGUGGAUCAAAAUAUACUGAAAUUCUUUGUUAUAUCGUCUAUAUACAAACAAGGAAAGAAAUCAAUAAUUGAUGUUCAAGAAAUCAUUAAUCUAGAGAUAUUGAAUAAUAUAACGGGUUUACGAAUACGUGAUUGUUAUAUGUCUCCAUCUACACCAUUGCAACAUCUUUUCAAAUUUCCGGGUGUUUCUGUAAUGAUGGACAAAGUAUCUAUGAACGAAUUGCGUGGACUGGUGAAGGCGUGUAUCAAUAAUCCGAAUUGUUCAAAUUUUUCGGUUGACUUCAACGAAAUAUUAGAUACAUCAAACAAAGAACAACUUCAUAUUCCUGGAACGGGAAGAACAAUAAAUGUUAAUACAAGAAAAGUAUUAGAGACAUCGGUCGGAGAGUAUUUUAUUGAAUAUUUUUCGAAGACCCUAUGUAUACGCCGUUUGUUAGAGAAGGAAGAGAAAGAAUGUGACAUUGAACAAAACCAGAAUGAAUCUCCAGAACCCGAUUCGAGUUUAUCACAAAGAAUUCUUCAAAAUCAUUUGAUCAUGGAGCACAUUCUGGGAAAAGUUGGUUCACUAACCAUACAGACUCUUCGAAAAGUAUCACAUAAAACCCGACAAGUAGUAGACUUCUUGAAUCCUGACUCGAAAAUCUAUGCAAUUCAAAUUCACCUCUCAGAUUUUGAGACGGUAGAAGUGAAAAUGUUUUUCUUGGAAGGAGACGAUAUCGAAAGAAACAUUUACCGAUCAACAAAAGUUUCUUUAAAGCCUUCUUUUGAGGCUAUAACCGAGUCAGUGAAAACCAUCUAUGAAAAUGCUAAAACACAUAAAAAAUGUUGUAUUAGUGGAAACACAUUGGAUGGCAAAGAGCUGGAUCGUUUCGCGGAAGAAUUGGUGCUCAAUUUGCAAAACCAGAGAUCAGUGAUUCAAGAGAUGUGUUUAUAUGCGUCACGCUUACCUGGAGACGGAUGUUUAAAUUUUCUUCCGCGCGUUUAUACUCCAGAGUUCACACUUCAAAUUAAUGAGAUUGAUACUCGUCUUGAAAACGCACCAGAUGUAUGGAAAUUGAGUGCAAGUACGUAUUAUCAAUUAUUGGAGUAUUCACUUGAAUCUUUGGGGAAAUUACUUCCUGUGAAAAAGCUUAGUAUGCAGACGGAACAUGAAGAAGAUGUUUUUAAAAUUCUGAAGAAUCUUGACCCAGCUGAAUUGAAUGUCAUUGAAAUUCAAAAACCAAAGAGUUCCCUCAUAUAUCGAAGCUUGGACAUCAAUGAAAUUUCAAUACUGAAUCAAUGGAAUAACGCAAAAGAACUAUUGUGUGAGCCUCCAAUUGCUGUGUAUCAAAUUGAAUGUUUGUCACAUUUCUCAAUGAUCGAUGUUCACCUAUUCACGCUUUUAUUACAAGACAUGGUAUAUUUGAAAAACAAAUUCCUGAGCUCCCGUACUUUUACCAAGUGCAAAAUAGUUUUUGAGGUUAAUGAUAUGAAUGAAAACAUAUUCGAGGAAAACGGCUUGGGAUUUGCGCACCUGCGUUCACCUUCAUCAUCAGGUCGACCAAGUGUUUGGUUUUUUCAAUAUCCGAACAACAGUGAUCUUUUACAUAUUCUAUACUAUGAGCAUCGAAGUAUUGCUUUGUCUCGUAUUCCUAGAUUUAAAGCACCUGAUAAUGCUGUUAUUUCAUUUUCUUGAACGUAUUGUAUAAUAUGAAAAGAAUUUGAAAUAUUA